GCUUCCACCUCCGUUUCCCAAGCUGCUCUCAGGCCGCGCUCGGAGACUGACGGCUCAUCCCUCGUUCGCUGAGUCUUGUUUCCACGCCACCUGCGAAGGGUCAGCCGCGGUGCCCACGUCUCAGCGCUUGCGGACCGCAGGCGUCUGUCACCAUGGCAACGACCGCUGGGGGCCCUGGAUCUUGGAGUGAAAAUAUACUGCAGUAUUUUCUGAGAAAUAACCAGAUCACCACAGAAGAUGGUGCCCAGAUCACCUGGUAUCAUGCUGCUAACCAUAAGGCACAAAUGAAUGAGGCACUGAAAAGUACUGCCCACAUGAUAGAGGCUGAUGUCCUCCUUCCAAGUGAGGGAUCUGACCAUGGCCAGCCGAUCAUGGCCCAUCCUCCUGAAACAAGUAGUGAUAAUACUCUCCAGGAAUGGCUGACUGAAGUUACAAAAAGCAAUAAAGGCAUCAAGCUGGAUUUUAAGAGUCUGGCAGCUGUAGAGCCAGCCAUGAUGCUCUUGGAAAAUGUGAAGAAGCGUCUGAAGCGUCCUGUGUGGAUUAACGCUGAUAUUCUUCCCGGUCCAAAUGGAAACAGCAGAGUAGUGGAUGCAAAACCUUUUAUAGACACUGUGACUUCCUUCUUUCCAGAUGUGACCUUUUCCUUGGGUUGGACAACAGGAUGGCAUCCUGAGAAAGUUAAUGAAGGUUAUAGUUGGACAAUGGUGAAAGAGAUGGAAUGCAUAUGCAAUGAACUAAGUCAGCCUGUAACUUUUCCUGUCAGAGCAGCAUUAGUCAGGCAGUCUUGUUCUCAGUUUCUUUGGCUGUUAAAGAAAUCAAACAGGUACAGCCUGACUAUUUGGACUGGAAAAAAUGAUAGCUAUUCCAUUGAAGAUUUACUUUGUAUUAGAGACUAUUUUGACAAAAAGCAAGUUUUCUAUGAUAUCUCGGAACCACAAAAUUGUGAAUUUAAACAAGCCAUUGGAAUAAAAGUUAAUCUCUAAGAA